CGAGGCGGCGCCGGGUCCGCAGUGAGCGCUUGACGGGCCCGGUCACUGAACCGGCCGGUGGGUUGAACCAUGAUGGGAAUCCAGUUUAAUAUCAGACGCUGGAGCAGCAAACAUGUUGCCAAGUGGCUAAAGGAGGAAGGCUUCAGCGAUUAUGUCGAUCUUCUGUGUAAUAAGCACAGACUGGAUGGUGUCGCCCUGUUAACUUUGACUGAAUAUGAUUUACGCUGCCCACCUUUAGAACUGAAAGUGUUGGGUGAUAUUAAAAGAUUAAUGGUAUCUAUUCGGAAACUGCAAAAACAGCACAAAGAUGUCCUAACAGAGAUGGGUUACAUGAGUGACGAUUGUCCUGGUAAUGUUACACGUGCCACAAACACUUCACAAGGCAUGGACUGCCAGUGUAAUGGUGUGGAACACUUUGGGGACAGUGGUGGUUCUGUUGGAGACACGAAUAGUGAACAAUUUCAGAAUGGUAAAUACCACAAACAUCAAACACGAAAACUUGACCCCGAAUACUGGAAGACUAUUUUGAGUUCUAUUUAUGUGUUUAUAGUCUUCGGGUUUACAUCGAUUGUGAUGGUAAUAGUUCACGAACGUGUCCCUGACAUGCAAACCUAUCCACCCCUACCAGACAUAUUCCUGGAUAGUGUUCCAAGGAUUCCAUGGGCUUUUGCGAUGGCUGAGGUGUGUGGUGUUGUGCUUUGCAUUAUCUGGUUGUUACUGCUGCUACUUCACAAACACAGGUCUAUCCUGCUUCGCCGCAUGUGUAGUCUGAUGGGGACAGUGUUCUUGCUGCGCUGUGUAACUAUGUUUGUCACCUCCCUCUCUGUACCUGGCCACCAUCUACAGUGCUCUGGGAAGUUGUAUGGGGACCAGUGGGCCAAGUUCCAAAGAGCACUGGCGAUUUGGAGUGGUUUUGGAAUGACACUAACGGGUGUCCAUACCUGUGGAGACUACAUGUUCAGUGGCCACACUGUUGUCAUCACCAUGCUCAAUUUCUUUGUUACAGAAUAUACACCAAGAAGCUGGAACUUCUUGCACACCUUGUCUUGGGUAAUGAACCUGUUUGGAAUCUUCUUCAUCCUUGCUGCACACGAACAUUACUCAAUCGAUGUCUUCAUUGCAUUUUAUAUCACCACAAGGCUCUUUUUGUAUUACCACACACUAGCCAACACUCGAGCUUAUCAGCAGAGCCGAAGGGCACGCAUUUGGUUUCCAAUGUUUUCAUUCUUUGAAUGCAAUGUCAACGGCGCAGUACCAAAUGAAUAUAGUUGGCCACUUUCCAGACCAAGAUUAUUGAAGAGAUUAAUUGGAUAAGUAGUAAUCUGCCCUAACCAAUUGGUUUGUUGGACAAACAAAAGAUUAUGGAAAUAACUGGUUUUGUAUACAAGAUGUGUGUAGCCAAUACAAGCCAGAUGUAAAUGUGAAGGGGCCAAGGCCUUGAUAGUUGGCCAUAUGUAUGACUCAUGGCAAGUCACUACUUGAAAUUGUGCUUUUCAUUUGCUGCAAUAUGUCGACUCCAGCAGUUAGGAAUCCUGUUUGUUGUGGGCAGGGAAGCAAUCCACCCCCCCCCCCCCCCCCCCCCGCGUAAUGGGAUCUGUGCCUGGCUGUGCAGGUCAGGCAGGGUUUCAGUGAGUGUAUGAUGUGGUUCAUGGUGGUAUCGGGCUUGGGUUUAGGGUGAAGGGUGGGCACAGUAUAGGGUGGGAAUCAGGUCGGGUUUAGUGGUGGGGUCAGGUAUGGUGUAGAGUGGGUGUCGAGCACAGUUUGGGUGGGGUUAGGGUUAGGUUCAGGCACAGUUUAGAGGGUGGUCGGGCACUGUUGGGGUGGGGUUAGGUUAGGCCAGGCACAGUUUAGAGGGUGGUAGGGCACUGUUGGGGUGGGGUUAGGUUAGGCCAGGCACAGUUUAGUGGGUGCUCCGGCAGAGUUUGGGUGGGGUUAGGUUAGGCCAGGCACAGUUUAGAGGGUGGUCGGGCACUGUUGGGGUGGGGUUAGGGUUAGGCCAGGCACAGUUUAGGAUGGUGAUGUGAGGGAACAACAAGCCCACAGGACGUACUGCUGCUACAUUCCAAAUAAGCUCUUUUUUUCCACAUUGAGACGAAUAUUUUAAAUGAUGAAGCCAGUGACUUGUUCAAAGAUUGGCAUUUGAGGUGUUUAGAAUAAGUUUUUCUCUGUAUUCCUCGUUGAUAUGUUCGUGUGAGGAAUCCCUCUAGUGUGUUUCUCGCUCGGUUUUAUUUCAGGGAGCUCUGGUUUUGCACUUGUCUGAGGAAACACUAAAGAGGUGUAGGAAUUCUGGAGAAACUUUAAAAAUGCAUUCUCAUCUACAAUGUCACCAUGAAGUGCACAAAGUAUCUGUUCCUAAAGAAACAAAACAGCAUUUGGAGCAACAUUGAUUACAUUGUGAGUGUAACCGAUUUCCCUUUGAGCUGCCGUUUGCUAGCUGUGUCUUUGUGGACCUCGAGGGACAAGCAGUAUUCAUUGUCAGACUGAAUGUACUCAGAAAAAACACUCGACAACCACUUGUAAUGUUUACAAACUUACGUAGUUUAUUAGAAUACACUAUUUGCAAUAUAAAAUGUUAUCUAAACCAUAAUUUAUAGAAUUCAGUAGUUCUUAUUGACUUUGAGAUGGGAUUUAUCAUUAAUGCUUGGAUAGUUUAGACUAUAGAGUCCCCCCACAGGUGAUAGUACCACUUGUCACCUCUUGCCUGCAGACUAGGGCUGUGUUUGCUGUCCUCGGGCCACAGUUUAACAUGGAAAAUGGUGAAGGAAUGGCUUUUCAUAUUUGCAAGAAGCUGACAAACCAGCUAAUAUUCAUUGUUUCUUCCAGACUUAUUAUUGUAAUUUGCAGGUUAAUUUGAUCAGAUGAUCAUAUCAGAACUUGGAAUGUCAGAAGUCGCCUUUUGUUCUUUAGGACAAGGCUGAUCAACACCACCAUGUUGCACUAUCCUGCUCUCCCUCAUUCCCUGAAUAUCCAAAAAUCUAAUCUUCUCUGUCCUGAACACAACAGUGAUGGUCUCCACCCACUAUAUGGGUGAAAAGCAUCUCCUGCACCGAGUCACAAAUGACUGGGCUGUUACUUACAGAUGACAAUACCUGGACGUGCAAACCAAAGUCAUGGGGAAAACGUCAUUCCAGCAUCUCCCCUGUCAGGCACCAUCAGAAUUGGUAUGUACCUUUAAGAUCAUCGCCUGCACUGAACUCUGGAGUACUGGCCCAACCUAUUCUUGUCUUCCGUUGACAGUGCCUGAGUCUCUGGCAAAGCUCCAUCACAGUCCCUCUGUCCAAACCCUUUUGAACAUUACACUGAAUCUGCAUCCACUGACCCUGGAAGUGCUUCCACAACCACCACUGUAAAAUCCUUGUGUCAUUUGGUUCUCUUGCCCAUCACCACUCUUUGCGUCUGAGUGCUUGCCAAUAAAACAGUUUCUCUCUGACCUUCGUGAUUUAAGAUGCUGCCUGUAGAACAGUCAUGAGUAUUUCUGUUCCAAGGAGAGCUUCAGCCUCUCCUGUCUUUCCACAACUAACCCUUAUCCAUGCCUUUGGUAAUUCUCUUGCUGGAGCUGUAGUUUAAUAUUCACCUUUAUUGUUAAAGCCCAGGGUCGCAUCUCAACCUACAACACUUGUGCAUGUACAUCUCACAUCUUUCUGUUCUUGUACUCAUUUAGAACUCUGCCCUCAUUUGGACUGCCCCUUCCCAUGCUUCCCACCAAAAUAUAAACCUUUAUACUUCUCUGCACCCCACAGAUCGGCUGCAAUUAUUCCCUUCCCACCUGACUGCCUGUACUCCUUGCAGCAGAGUGACCGCUCUCUCCUCUCCUACUGCCAGGAGAUUCCUGUGGCUGUCUCACCGCUGGAGUCAGAGCCUGGCUUUAUUGACCUUUCCAUCCAGCUUUGUGAAGUGGUAGAUGUAACUGCAGUCAGAGUGCAGGAAACCUGCCAGUGUCUCUGAGCGUCACUCUUUCACUCACUUAAAUCCUUUUAUUCUGUUAGUAGUCAAAGUAGUAAAACAUUUGCAUUGCCUGAAAGGUUGCUGCUGUGAUUGCACUGAAUUUGACCUGAAAUGUUGUCCACUUGUUAACAUGUUGACCAGUUUGUGAAGUGAGAUAGGAAUUAUUCCAUCCUAUCUCCUGCUGUGGAGUGAAUGUUUGGCAUUUGUGAUGAGGAGCUCUUUACUUCUCCUCCUCUCCCCAUGAGCUUGCUCAGAUGAUUCAUCGAUGUGAAUACUCAGCAUUCCCAACCAAACACUGAUGGCAGUUUUACACAAGAUAUCUACUUCAGCAGUUUUGCUGCAGAAAGUCAUGAUAAUUGAGGAUAGUAAUGUGUUCUAAUGAUCCUAGAACGACUUCACACACUGAGCAUCUGAUGGUCUCUGACAUUUACAGUGACCCUGGUAUUCCUGCAGUGCCUGAGUACUAUCCUGCAGCCAUUCCUCACCAUCCGUAUUAAUCUGACAAACCUCCGUUACUAGGGCUUCUCCGAGUUCUUCAGCUCCCUGUUGCUGCUGGCGGGAAGAGUUCUGAAUGAUUCUGCUCAUGGGUCGUGGAUGUUGAAAUGAUGGCCUUGUCCAAAGAGAUACCUGCCUAAUCAAACAGCACUUUGUGGAGCAGGGCAAGGGAUAACUUUAGUUAAACAUGUUCUUUGUAACCCAGUGCAUUAUGAAAUGCAUUUAUUCUCUUUCUGACAACUGGGACCAGCUGAUUUCUUAAUCAUUGGUGCCUUGAGUUCAAAUCUACAAAUUAUUCUUGUUCUGCUAUGUAAACUCUGGGAAAGAUCACUGGCAAGGAAUGAGACAGAUAGGUUAGUGAUGAUCGAAUCAAAUGGGCAUGUGAGCGUUCUGGUUUGUACAAUGGCCAGAGGUUGAGAGACUGGGUCAGUCCUGCCAGUCCCACCUGCCACUGCUUCCUACACCUCUGCAUGGAAUGUUCCCUUGCAUUUCAUUUGAAAUAGAACCUGGUCAGGCUCAAAUUAACAGAGUGAGGUGAAGGAAAGUGAGCGGGAUACAGUGGGGAUAAGCCUUUGAUAUUUUGUCAACUCUGCAACUGAGAGGUGUUGACCCUGUCAAUGUGCCCAUAGGUGGCAACCCACUGAAGGGGAGAAAUGAUCCAGUGGCAUCAAUGGGAAUGCUGUAGAAUAGUCUGGUGUUGAAUAAGAUUGCAAACUAAAAUAAGAUUGCAUUGUUCAGUACAGGCUGGAUGUUUGUGAGCGUGAGACUGUACAACUCAAGUGUUUCAUUUAAACCAUGAAGUUAGACAUCAGAACUUUUAUCUUACAAGCACCCAGUUAAUUACCUUUUAUCAAUUCUAUGGAUAAACAUGAAGCCCCAUAAUAAAAAUAACUCUAGCCUGUUUACUUAUAGGUUUAAAGUGCUGUUCAGUAUUACUGUUAUUUAACAAGUUCAAAUCAGAGGUCUUUAAUGUUUACAUUUGCAUUUUGCUUAAUUGAAAGUAAUAAAGGAUUGUGUAAAACAGUGUUUGCAGAGGUCUGUGCAUCAGCUCUGUGUAAUUCCAUCUUUAUAAUGAUGCCUUUUGUUAGCUUUUGCUGACGUCUAGUAAAAACUCCAGAAUGUUUUUGUGUACAACUGAAUAAAUUUGUUCCAUAUUUCAU